CUCCGCAGAACAAUUUUAAAGACAUAAGUUUAAAGAAGUGUUGUGGAUUUUUUUUAAAAUGGCUCUGAGCUUUAAAAAAAAAAUACAAAUAAAAAAUUAGUGUAGAUUUAGGGUUGUAGGUAUAAUUGUGACUUUGGAGAGCACCUACAGCCAAUAACCUUUGAAUUCUAGAAUAAUUGCUUCACCGUUAGGGCACUCAUACUUUAGUUACUACAACUCAAGUACGUGUAGUCAUGGAAUUUUCUUUUUAACAUUAAAAAAUAACCCAAUUUUAACUAUAUAAGUAGUCAAAUCAGGGGUUGUUAUAAGUUUCUACACAUAUUCUUUAGUUCACCUUUAGGAAUAAGUACUAUGGAUAAUUCUUCAUAUGUGUGGACGAGUCUUUCUACUGUAAAACAAUUACUAUCCUUAGAGAUUAGACAUAAGAAUCAUGCAUGCUAUAAGGUUAGAGCGUGGAAAGAUCCUUAGACCAACUCCAUCAAUGGGUUCCUAUAGGGUUCUAAACAGUAGCGAAUCCAGAAGUGAUAAUGACUGGGUGCACCAACGUGUAAAAUUAUAAAUUUCAAUUGAUACAUAUAAAAUUAGUUUGAUGCACACAAUCUGUUUGAUUUAAUGCUGUGGUUACACUUGGUCUAUGAUUCAUAUCAAACUUGGUCUAUGAUUAAAACUUGGUCUAUGAUUAAAACAGUAGCGAAUUCUCUGAUGCACACAAUCUGUUUGAUUUAAUGCUAUCUAUUUCCUAAUGAAAUUCAAAAAAAAAUUCUUGCAAUUUGAUAACAGCAUACACAGAGCAAAUGGGUGGUAGAUGCUCUGUUUGGAUCGGUUAUGCUUCUACGACAUGAUGGUACAGUCAAAUUGCUCAUCCUUUCCCAUCUCUGUUUCUCUACUUGCAUCAUUUAGUCAUCUCUCAAAGAUACAUUUUACUAUUAUUUCCCCAGUUAUGGAGUGGCUUGGAACCAACGAACUCUCUCUUUUCCUUAUCGGCCUCAUCCUUGCUUUGGCUUCUUACUUUACAUGGUUAAGGGUCUCCCAGAAGGUUCACACGACCAAUCAAGUGGUGGUGGGUGCGAUCGUGGGUUCUGUUUAUUCCACCUUAUUGUACAUAACGUGGAACUCACUUGUUCUCGAAGCUUUUGCCUCAUCAUUCUCAGUACAAGUAGCUGUCUUUACGGCUGCUGCUGCUGCAUCUGCUCUAGGUUUUGCAGUUUAUGUGCUACUUAACUGGUUCAAAGAUGACGACAGAUGACAAAGAAAAUAUAAUAAUUCCAGGGUUAUAAAACUAUUCAUUUGUUUCCCAUUUCACUCAUACUGUUUGAGCUGUCUAGCAAUCAACAUUACCACUUGCGUUCUUCUUGUAAAGGUUCUUGAAAUCAGUUUCAUUCAAGUUCUUUGUGUUUUCUGCUGCA